AAACCUGCGGCUGUUUAAAAUAACAUAACCCUUAUAUUAAUAAAAACCAUUUAAAUUAUGAAAAACUAUAUGUAGAUAGAGGGUUUUUUUGCUUCGAUUCCACUGAAUAAUAUAGAAUUUUAAAUUUAGAAUAGUGAGACAUGCUUUUUUUUUUUUUUCGAUAUGUGUUUCAAUGACUUUAGGAGCUUCAUGCCUGAACUUAUACAGAAAAGAAUGUAAGUUCAUUCUAUGAUGGGCGGGGGAUUCUCAAAUACAUGCAGUACCUCUUUGGAUACCAUAGAACCAACACUGCCUCUAAAAUUUGUUCCAGUUAGUGCUACUUUAUAACAAAAUAUUUAGAGAAGGCCAUAUUUAGGUACAACAAAUACUUCUGUAUGUAUUUAUGUACAUUAAAACAAGAAAUAUAACUCCUGGAAAGUGAAACCUGUAGAGCAGUUUAAGAUCUUUAGUCGCAAUAGAUUUUCUUAAGUGUGCCAUCGCGAUGGCUGCACCCGCAGCCUGUACGCGUUUUUCGGACAAUUACGACAUCAAAGAAGAGUUGGGAAAAGGAGCAUUCUCAAUUGUGAAAAGAUGUGUCCAAAAGUCAACUGGCUUUGAAUUUGCUGCAAAAAUUAUAAAUACAAAAAAAUUAACUGCCAGAGACUUUCAAAAACUGGAACGUGAAGCAAGGAUCUGCAGAAAGUUACACCAUCCCAACAUAGUGCGGCUACAUGACAGUAUACAGGAGGAGAACUAUCACUACCUUGUUUUUGAUCUUGUAACCGGUGGUGAACUUUUUGAAGAUAUCGUUGCACGCGAAUUUUAUUCAGAAGCUGAUGCAUCACAUUGUAUUCAACAAAUAUUGGAAUCGGUAAAUCACUGCCACCAAAAUGGUGUGGUGCAUCGAGAUCUGAAACCAGAGAAUUUACUAUUAGCUAGUAAGGCAAAGGGUGCAGCAGUGAAACUCGCUGACUUUGGUCUAGCCAUUGAAGUUCAAGGCGAUCAUCAGGCUUGGUUUGGAUUUGCUGGCACCCCAGGAUAUCUGUCUCCUGAGGUAUUGAAAAAGGAGCCCUAUGGCAAAUCGGUAGACAUAUGGGCAUGUGGAGUUAUUCUUUACAUACUUCUUGUCGGUUAUCCACCCUUUUGGGAUGAAGAUCAGCACCGACUGUACUCGCAGAUAAAAGCAGGAGCUUAUGAUUAUCCGUCUCCAGAAUGGGAUACGGUUACUCCAGAAGCUAAAAAUCUUAUUAAUCAAAUGCUAACAGUUAAUCCAAAUAAACGAAUAACUGCAGCUGAGGCUUUAAAACAUCCGUGGAUUUGUCAACGAGAACGUGUGGCUUCCGUUGUGCAUCGCCAAGAAACCGUAGACUGUCUCAAGAAAUUUAAUGCGCGGCGCAAGCUAAAGGGAGCCAUUCUUACGACAAUGUUGGCUACCAGAAAUUUUUCGAGCAGAAGUAUGAUAACUAAAAAAGGUGAAGGAUCACAGGUCAAAGAAUCAACCGAUUCAUCUAGCACUACUCUUGAGGACGAUGAUAUAAAAGAAGAUAAAAAAGGAACCGUUGAUCGCAGUACUACAGUCGUAUCAAAAGAGCCUGAAGAUAUAAGGAUACUUUGUCCUGCAAAAACGUAUCAUCAAAAUAUAGGAAACUCGCAGUGCUCUUCAGCAGCUAGACGGCAAGAAAUAAUAAAGAUAACUGAACAGUUGAUUGAAGCAAUUAACAGUGGCGACUUUGAUGGAUACACCAAAAUAUGUGAUCCGCAUCUAACUGCCUUUGAACCGGAAGCACUGGGCAACCUUGUAGAAGGAAUUGAUUUUCACAAAUUUUAUUUUGAAAAUGUUCUUGGUAAAAACUGCAAAGCUAUAAACACAACCAUUUUAAAUCCUCAUGUGCACUUACUUGGUGAAGAAGCCGCUUGCAUUGCCUAUGUCAGACUUACGCAGUACAUUGAUAAGCAAGGACAUGCACAUACCCAUCAGUCCGAGGAGACGCGAGUCUGGCACAAACGCGAUAACAAAUGGCAGAAUGUUCACUUUCAUCGAAGUGCAUCUGCCAAAAUAAGCGGAGCAACUACAUUCGAUUUUAUACCCCAAAAAUAGUGGGCAUUAAUCAAUUGAAUAUAAACUGUCAUUAUGCACACGUCAAUGAAAGUGCUACAUUUAUUUUUAGAGAAUACAAUAGUUUAUUGCAAAUAAAGAUGCUAGUGCAAAUUUUAUUAUUUUAUUUACCUUUUAAAGAUAAAUAAUACUAUCUAAAGCAUAUAUCACAUUUUAGAUAUCACAUUAAACCACAUUUACUUGAGAAAUUAAAGUAGCAAACACAAAUAUAAAAAAUACAAUCAUAUUGGUACAUCAAAUAUUUGUUGUAAGUGUCGUGUACCAAUUGUAAGCUUAAACGUUCUCAACGAAAAAAUCAAGUUUAUUAUUUAUCUAUUAAUAAUAUUAAAAUGAAAUUGACAUCUUUCUAUCUAUUGGAAUAAAUAAAAUAAAUUCCAAGAACUUUAAUAACGUCUCAAAACAUUUGCAAACAAUUUAGAACCCUUGAAUCAUCUACUAGGAUACGAACAACAUUUGGUUUGCGAAGUCCGCUUAUUCUCGUUCUUAAAAUAAAUACACACAUAUAAAGUUUAAUAAAACGUGCGAGUACAUGCGUUUACAAAUUACUGAAGUUAGCACUAUCAAUAUAUAUAACUGUAAAGCAUUAGGUUAUUACAAUGAAACAUAUAACAUUUCGAAAAAUGAAGUACGUUUAAACAAAAGGACGGAAAUUAGCUAACUGAAAUAUAAAUCUAAGUCCAAAUAAUUGAAAUUAUGCGACUAUUCAAUUAUCUUCUAUUUACGUACAUAUACUUCCGCAUUUUAUCCGCAUCCUAAAAACUUUCCAAGUUAAAGAAUACUUUCUGAAUUCACCGUACAUAUUUCUUUCUAAUGUUGAAAAAACUUUUUAUAUUUUAUGUUUUAAUAAAAAUAUAACAUUGUUCUUAUUUUCAUUUGAAAAGAUGUCUAUGGCUUAAAAAGUAACCCUUUCUAGAAAAGAAAAGAAAUUUCUUCAGUUCAAAGAAUUUUAAAUUCCCUUUUGUUCCUACAAAUGGAUUGAUUCUCUUUAAAAAAUGCAUAGGGGACCCAAAGAAUUCUAUUGUGCCGAACCCAAAAAAAUUAACGCAUGCAUUUUUAAUUGGUAUUAUUAUACAAAUGGAUCUAUUGUGAUUCAUUGUCCAUUGUCCUUUAUGGCCUCAUAGUUGAAAAUAUUAUCCAAUUCAAUUUCCAUAUAUCAAAAGUAGUACCAAUCGGUCAAUUUUUAUGCUAACAGCAUAACAUAAUCAAUGGAGUUGGUAUCAGUAUAUUAACUCUAUCUUUUCCAAUUGAUGCUAAAUAGCUUUUUGAUUUCUUACAACUAUAAAAAUACCAACCGUGUUGACACCAAUUAAAAAUGAAAGUGAUAAAAAAUUUUAAAUAUCUUCGAAGAAUUUUUACUAAUAAUAAUAAUAGUAAAAAAGAAUUCUUGGGACGCGCCUCAUGCACAAACAGCAGGAAAAAUAACUAUAUAGUUAAUCAAUCGCAACAUUAAGGAUAAUUACAAAGUUAACUAGGUUUUUUUCUUUAUAAUGUGUUUACACCUUAUGAGUAAAUAUCUAAUUUAAACAAUGCGAUAUGAUCAACAUAACAAAAAUUAUAUUUUCUUUUUUCUAAACGAAUAAUUUUGUGUUAUGAGCAUAACUGAGAAAAUAACUUGUAUGUAUGAGACUUAAUCAUUGUGAAAUGAUUAUACAUUUUACCUGAUAGUACAUGUUAAAAGAAAAACUUGGACUUAAACACAUUUAAAAAGUUUGACAGAUAUAUUUUAAAGUAAAAAAGAUUAUACUAAAAGGGAAUGCUGGAUUUACGGUCUAAAAUAAGUUUAACUUUAGUUGCAUCCCACAGUUUUCCACAAUUACUCAGAAAUUCCUUUACAAAUGCUUGAUUCUUUAUUCUUUCUGUCUAAUACUCGCAGUUGCUUAAAUUCAAUUUUUAGGACCUAAACUAAAUGUCUUCACAAAUAAAUUUUAAUAGUAAUUACACGAUACAAUUAUACUAACAAGCUUUGGAUACAUUAUAUUGAUCGAAGAGCUUUCGCUCCUAAGGUAAAAGCCUAUAAAAUAAUAACCGAACAUAAUUUGUGUUUCUCAACGUAUAUCCAAAUAAUUAAAUUAACAAAUUUUUUUGUUUUAAGGAAAUUCAAAGCAUAAUGCAAUUUUAAGUCCACAAAGCAAAGUCCAUUACACAAAUAAUUCCAAAUACUAAAAAAAAAUUACUCUAUAUAUAUGAUUUAUUAAAUACAAAUAAAUACUUAAAAUGAAAAUCA